AUGGGUUUCCCAGCCACCAUGUUGCGAGAAAUUACUCCCGACGGGCCUCCCAUCACGGAACAACACAAAAUUUCUUCCCAAUGGUUCAAAAAUGCAUUCUGGGUUCAAAUUGGAGUAUCCUACAAUUUAUCACAAGUAAAGUAUUUUUUUUCUCAGCCUGCGGCGCAAGUUAUGGUUUUGUGGAAGAUUCCAUUUCAAUCUCCCGAAACAAUCGACUUCGACGACCGAACUCUGCUUUUCUUUCCGGCCUUGUUUUGGGACGGCGGGCGUUCGUCGUUCUAUACAAGAUUACCCACUCACCUCGAGAAGGCCCAGGCCUUCAUUCUUCUCACAAUAUACCCAGUAGUAUUGGCAAUUUGGCCAUCUGAGUUCUACUCCCAUGCAGCAGCACCCUGCAAAUUCCAGGACAAAAGUCUGGCUUAUAGGCUCCCAUUGCUAGUAUACUUAUCAACAAACGACCUCCUCCCUCGACGAACCAAGGACGAACAGCCUCUUCUCUCGACAAACGGCCUCCUCCUUCCCUCGAUGAAUAGUCUGCCCCCUCCCUCAAUGAAUGGUCUCCCCCGUCAACGAAUAGAACCCUCCCUCGACGACCAGCUUCCUCAAGAACUCUCGAUCUCACUCGCGAUUUUGACGAAGACGCUCGCUGGCACGAUGGGCUCUUUGCUGAGUAUUCAUCAGAAGCAGAACAAACUUCAACUGAAGGAGCUGGAGCGUUCCAGUGAGGCGUUGCGAGUACCAAACGUGCCAAGGAGUAAAUUCGUGUUCAAGCGCAGACCUGCUGCUGCUGCCACGAAUUUUAGAAGACCACCCUCCGAAACAAGUUCAACGCAAACCCUUCCUCCUCCUUUACAGACACAAAACGCGCCACCACCACCACCACCACCCGCGGCAUCAACACAUCUACCCCUCCCCCCCCACUCACACUACCACUUCACUCGUGAAGACUUACAAAGCCAUCUAGCGCCAUCCGACCUGUCGAUCUCGGAUCUGCGUUGA